UAGCCCUCGACCACUUUCGAAAUUCCUGGAGUUGCCUCCCAUCAAAAAUUAUUACCCACCCCUGUGCUAAACAAUGGAUAUACUGUGCACGCACUUUACUUCCUUUGCCUGAAAGAUGUUCUCUCAUUUUUGCUUGUAGUUCUUCAUGAGGCCCAGCCAUAACACUGGGCCCAUCAUAUAUCUAUAGGCUACAUCUACACUACAAGGUUUUUGCACCAAAAAGGCAAAGUGCAUUUUUGCACAAGUAAAUCAAAACAGAGGGCUUUUGCCAGUAGAGUUAUUCCUCUGCCCACAAGGCCUAACUCCUUUUUGCACGAUAGCUCUUUCUUGCACAAAAAGGCAGGAGUGGAUGCUUUGGAGGGACGAGAAACCCCUAUCAACAAAAGCACAAGAAAUCCUGAUCAAUAAAAGCACAGGUGUUCUGAUGGCCCUUCUGUGAAUGGCAAUCUGAGCUUUCUUGCGCAGGAGUGUCCAUGCACUGUGGACGCUCUCUUGCCCAAAAGCACAUUGCUUUUGUGAUGCGCUUUGAGGUCUGGAUGCGCUUUUGUGCAAGAAGAUUUUGUGCAAAAACACUUGCGCAAAAGACUUCUUGUGCAAAAACUCUGCAGUAUAGAUGAAGCCAUACAGACAUGUAUUUGAGAUCUGAUCCAUACCUGCAGAAUAAAACUUCAGUUAACUUGUCACACACGGAUACAGCAUCUCUCUCACUUAUUACCACAAAUGCUCUUUUAUAUCUACUUUUCCUUUGAUACAAUCAAUAUUAACAAAGUUAAGCCAUUUGAUCAAUGUGUUUGUAGCUGCAGUAAUAGUAAAACACUUAGUUUCUCUGCAGCAUGUGCUUCCCUCCCUGAUCCCUAUAAAAAAAGGCAUACAUUUAUCUGUCACUGUCUUGCUCGAGAAUUUAAUUCUUAGUGUGACUGACAUUUCAGUCAAAAUUUGUAGUGUGUGUGUGUGUGUGUGUGUGUGUGUGUGAAGUAAAUAUCACAAUUGAUGUUCCCAAACACUUCAUAGUGACCGUGGAAGGGAAGACCUAAACUAGCUAAAGUUUUGAUUAUUGUGCAUUAUUUUUAGUACUUCUUGCAUCUUCUUGAUAUUUUCAGAUACUAGUUUAUUAAAACAUGCACAGAUACUUGUGAAGGGUAAAAUCUGUAAAGCUGCCACAUGCAGUGACAUGUGUUGCUUGGUCCUCACAUGAAUAGCCAUUCACUUUCAUCCAGUCAUUGAAACCUAUUACCCAAAGUUGAUUUUUGAGCUUCUGUAUCCCCAAUCAACAAAUGUGACAGUAUAUGUAAUCUGAAAGGUAGGAGCAUGCUGAACCACCUGACAUGCAAAUCUUCAUGCAGUGUUUUUUUCAUGCUGAAAAAUGAAGAUGGAAAAAUGGCAGCUUAUAGGAAAAAAGGAAACUCUCCAUUAGGCAUAUCACACUCAAUAGGCAGGCAAGGGCCAAUCUGUACAAGUAUAUGCAAUUGCUUCACUGAUAAAAACUAAAUCCUGAAAGUGACUUUUAUCAGACGGGAACUUCAAAUCUAUUCCAUCUGGAAACUGGGUAGAAGUGGGGAGCCCCAUCGCUGGAACUGUGGUUUGCCCUCUGUUUCUCCUCUUCCCUCCCACUGAGGCCCUGCCCCAUGGCCAGCCAGAAACCAGAGCAAGCACUAGUAAGAGCUGCCCAGGGAGCACCCCCGGACUCCCCACCUGCCCUGAGCAGAGGGCUGGAGUGUCCAAAGCAGCUCCCAGCCCUUGUCCCUGACCACUGGUGCAUGCCACUGCUGGUGGGAUCUAGGGGAGGGGAUUCUAGUCUGGCCUCCUGCUCCAUCCCUGAGGACUGCAGAUAUGCUCUUUGGGGACCCUGACUUGGCCUGAUGAUAGGGAACUCUGGGAAGGACACAAGCAACAAGAAGCAGGGAACAGGGCAGCAGUGGCCACUCCACCUCCUCAGGCUUCUUGUUCAGUACCUGGCUCCUGCUGCCUGGCUGCCCCCACUGCUGCCAGGUCACUCCUGCUCCAAGUGAGAGGCUGCUCCCACUAGGAUUGCCAUCUUUCUAAUUGCACAAAACAAAACCCUUGCUGCCUCUGAGGCCACAACCCUGCCCUUCCCUUCUCCAAGGCCCUCCCCCCGUUCAUUCCAUCCCCAUGCCUGUCACUCACUCUCCACUACCUUCCCUCCUUGUCUGUCAGUAGGCUGGAGCAGGGGUUGGAUGUGGCACGUAGGGGAGCUCUGGCUGGGGAGGGGAGCUCCAGGCUGGGGCCAGAAGUGAGGGGUUUGGAGUGCAGAAAGGGCAGAGAGAUGCAUGCAAGUACCACCCCCUAAGUUCCCAUGGCCGCAGCUGCUGGCCUAUGGGAGCAGUGAAGCUGGUGCUUGGGGCAGGAGCAGCACAUGAAGCCCUCAUGACCAUCCUUCCACCAAGGAGCCAAGGGACAUGCCAGCUGUUUCUGGGAGCCGCACAGAGCCAGGGAUGUAAAAAUACCAGCCACAAAACAAAUAAGGAGGGAAGAUCCGUGCUCUGAGCAUCUCUGCCUGGUGCCCUGAGCUGUCACUAAAGCCAAUGGCAUUUGUCUAGAGAUCAUUAUGAAAUAAUGCUUCCUGUUCUGUGUGGCUGCGGAGAGGCUACUGCAUGUGGCUGUACCAGACUGCUGUUCUAUUGGAACCCUCAACACAGCCUGUUGCAUUGGUCCCUGAGCCUUCGUAACAGACGUUUCCAAGUAACGUGGGGACGUCAGGAUGGGCGGGAUGGAGUAUGCUGGGUCAAAGUUUUGAUUCUUAAUCAAAAGGGGAAGUUGUGGGGGUGGAAACCUUUCUUUUUUUCUGUAUAAAGUUAAGCUCCACACGCACACGGUCUGUUCUUUCACUGUGCAUGGCUGACUGAGAAUGAGCUGCUUUGAGCACUGCAACACAGGGGACGUGGCCAGCUGAGGACUAACCGGAUUCCACAGCACGAGGGAGAAGGAGCCCCUAGAAUACAAGAGUUCUAAGAAAAUGGUGUGUAUGGCUAGCGCUGAACAGAUGCCGUCUGGACUGGCGUUAAAGAGGUGGCUCUGGUGGGGGCUCUUUGUGCUACACUUCACUAUUCUAGUCUUUGCAAAGGAAAAAACGGUCAAAGCCGCAGUGGGGACGACAGCCACCCUGCCCUGCUGCCAUAAAAUAUCCAGCUCCGAUUCACUGAAUAAUUACCGCGUUUAUUGGCAAACAAAAUCACAAGAAGUAGUGCUCGCUUAUGCAACAGGCACCCUGUUUGAAUACAGUCGAAAGUAUAAUAACCGGACCAAGAUGAACCUAACGAGCUUGGAGCUGGUGUUCUCUCCAGUGGAAGUAUCAGACAAGGACACAUAUCAAUGCAUAGUUCAAGAGGUAGUGACAGGACCUCAGAAACUCUGUGUAAAUACUGUGGAUUUGUUUGUUGUAGCUAACUUCAGCAAACCAGUCAUAACAGCUGAUGUACCCAAGGAUGCUUGUGGUUCAACUCAGGUGAUGGUGAACUGUUCUUCUUAUGGUGGCUACCCAAAUCCCAAAGUCUCUGGGAUCCUCAAUAAUAUGUCUGUGGACUGGAAAACUGAGUUAUUUGGAAACAAAACCAGCCUCUAUAAUGUCACUGCCAAAUUGCAGUUCAAUCUGACUGAAGACAUAUCCCUCACAUGUACCAUUGAGUAUGAUGGCUACUACGUGUCCUCUAACUACUCACUGGAAAAACUAAAAGAAUGUCGUCUUUCUCCAAUACCUCCAACCCAUGGAAUUAUUAUCGCCUCAAGUUUGGUCCUUGUCUGCAUCUUUCUUGUGGCCCUUGCCUUGCUUUUAAAAUAUUUCCAGUGUUAUGCCUGUGAACAACUGAGGAGUUCCCACUACCCUGUCCCUCACGAGCCAGCAGUGGGAACUGCAUUGAAAGAAGUGACAUCAUUCACCUCUUUGAAGUGACAUCGGAAGCAGCAUCUUUCUGAUUAGACCAUAUUUACAGAUCUUGUAUCCCGUGUGCCCUGCACUGCAGUCCCCCAUUGUCCUCCGUGGCCAAGGCUUAUUCCAUAGACUGUUUGGCUCUUCCAGAAGAGGAUGACAGAGCAGGCAGGAAAUCUGCUCAAGUGGACUAGAAAGAUAGCAUUUGUGACUGAACACCACUGCGAUGGAAGCUUAGAACAGUCAGGCGCCAGAGCCCUGUGUUUGCAAAGCCGCCCGGCAGAGAAGCUCCAUUUUCCUGAUGAGCUGUAAGAAAUGUUGCCAGCAUCCUAAUGCUUCAGUGCGCCACCUGCCUCCUCAUGGUUUGGGAUGUUCGGCUUUGAGAUGUUCUCUUAGGCAAGGGUGGCCUGUGGAGCUCUGCCAGGUAGCCCAACCUUUAAUAAGGAAGGGCUGGCCCUUGGGAGGCCCCAGACUCCAGUUUGCAUUCUUGAGCCCCAUACAGGUUGCUCCUCUAUGUUAGAGUUCAGGGCAGCUGUAGUGUGUUCAAUUCUGUAUGGUUCUUGGGUUUGGACAUUUUGCCAAUACAGUUCUUGAGUUUGGAUUAAGGAUGUAUUUGAGGAACCGACAAUCACAGAUGUCUACUGUCUUGGGCCCCUACUCCAGUAAGGGCGAAAGGUUCAGUCACUCUGUAAGGAAGAACUGAACAGAGAUGGGGAAAUACAUCAUAUACUUAUUUCAACAGCCAUAAUAUACAAUGUUGUCUGGAGUGGCAUUUAUAUACUGACACUCUGGCCCUUUGCUACUAAUGUGUGUACAGCUAUCUGCCUUGUUUGCAGCACUAAUGCUCGUGCUCAUGACUUGUCUGUCCCAAAGGCCUCUACCCAGCAAGCCAAAGGAUCACCCCAACGAGGAAGUAGAUAUGCCAAAGCUCAUCUGAACUUUCCAGCCAACUAAGGCCAUGCAGACACACCCAAGUGGUACUUUUCAAGUGUAUAUCCCCUAGUCAACACACUCAUAUGUGAUCCAAUUGCUCAGCAGCUAAUUUACAUGUGACAUGAAGAAAUAGAAAAUUCAUAAUGUCUAGUUCCAACAACAUAACUCUGCUUCCCCUACGUGGACAUGGGGGGGAGAUAUUAUAUGGUAAUAACAAACACCCUUGUUAUUAUGCUUGGAGGGAGAUGGGGGAAACUGAGCCUUUUGCCUCUUGCAGGAAAAUCGGCAUAUGAGACAACCCUUGGUUGGGAUGCUGCUGAUCUCAUAGUCUAUGGCUGCUGUUCUCAGAAUCUGUCCCCUGUAUCCAUUCAGAAGCUGAAGCAUGGAAGAGCCCUGCUUGGGCUCCAGCAUUGAAUAGAACCUAUCCAGAUCUGGCCUGAAUGGUUUUAUUGCCUACUGUGUAGGAAAGAGCAAUUUCUCAUUUUGAGGGGAAAAAUCAAAUCCUAAGAGGCUGCUUGCACAAUGGGAUUUAUUAACAUAACUCUGCCCCCGCUUGCCUCUGAUCGUCUACUCUCCCCCUUCUGCUUUGUCUUUUAAGCUAAAUGGUUACAGCUUCAUGCAUUACAGCUUCCUCCAGCCUAUUCUGCAGCCAUUGUUCCAGGUGUAACCAGUAGCUGCAUGGAGACUGGUUGCACAUUGCAGCUUUCUUGUUGGUCACUUUUUUUGAUGCUGCUGCAACCAUGGUCUGCUCCACACCAAUGAGGGCACAGCUAGGCAGCAGCAUGAGGACACCCCAACCCUACACUCCUCUUUCUGGUAAAUAGGAGUGUGAAAGAGAAAUGACUGGAGGGCAGCCAAGCUGAUAAAGGCAGCUUAGGGAGGGUUGGGCUCCGGGUGGGAAGCCAGUGCAAGUUAGGAUGGUGGUGGGGUGAGAGAAAACAAAGUCUUUUUAAAUGGCCCUUACUCUCCUCCAAAGGGCCAAGUGGCCGUCAGAUACUUUUUCCUCCUUCCUACUGAAUCAACUAAAUUGGUAGCUGCUCAGCACUCCCAAUAGUGUGGUUAGAAGAGAUUGAGUAGAGAGAGAGUAAUGGGCCACAGAUGAAAUCUGAACAGCGGACGGAACUUUUUUUGCGCUCCUUUUGCAGCUAAGCACGUCUCAAUAUUUGGCCUGAAGCAUCACUGUUAAGCAAAUGAGGCACUAGCACGACUAGAGGGACUCUAACAGAACAGCAUCAUGGGUAUGCCAUGAGCAGUGGGAAUAGAUUGUUACAUUUUUUUCAUUUCUCCCUGUUUCUAUUACCCAGCAACUAGUCUGCAUUCUUGCUACUACCAGCUUUAUACCUGCUCAGAAUUCACCUACUGGUCCACUGUCCCACUCCAUACUUACCUGCUGCCUCUCAGCUUUAUGCCUCUUUUCAUACUUCUCUGUAACUUCCCCCAUUCCUCUGAAGCCUCCUGGAAGUGCAUCCAUUUCACAAUGUAUUCCUGUAUCAAAACAAACCCCUCUCCCCCAACUCCGAACCCUCUUCUUUCGGCUGUUUCGUACUUAAUUAUACUCCUGACUGGAGCUUGUAAGCUCUCUGGGGCAGGGUUUUUCUGUUCAGCACAUGCUUUUGUAAAUACUUUUAUGCUACUGUAAAGACUUCCUUCUGGCUAAGGAAUUUUACACUGACAAAUAUGGGCAAUUUAGGUUUGAUUUUUUUCCUUAUAAAACAUGUUUUAUGUUUUCUACUGUCUCACGGUGUUUUCAGUGAAAUGCACAACAUGGUUUCCAUGAGACCUUUCAAGCUUAUUUAAUACCUGACCCAAUGUAACAGGUGAAUUGCUUUCAGUUUAACAUCUUCAUUUUGGCUAAGAUAUUCUAUGGGAUCCUCCCUCCCCCCCCCCUUAAUUGUAUUAAAAGGUAAACUCUGCAUCUGAUUUAUUUUUCUUAAUAAACGUAUCCACUCUGUGUGCUGGAAAACUACAUAGGAGUUAAUUUGCUUCUGCACUGGCUAACAGCAGUAUAGUCACAAAGUAAGCACUUGGGUCUGGAUCUACAAUGGGGACUUAGGUGGUGCAUGAUUGAGCUAAAUGUUUACAUGCCUUGCUGCCUAGUGAACUCCACAGCCCUGCAUUGGGUGUCCAAGCUCCCUAUUCAAUGCAUGGGGACAACUAGGUACCGAAGAAUGGAUUCCACAUACUGCUUGCUGAGCAGCAGAAGCUAUUUACAAGUGAAUAGGAAAUGAAGUGAGGCCUGAGUUAUGUGGGAGAAAGGGAGGAACCUCCUUACACACAGGAUUCAUGGUUGUGAACUGACCUGCUGGAGUUAGGCCUGUAUGCCAGGUCAAACCUAUCUGAAAAACACAGUUGCAGUAGUGUCACUGCCCCUAACAAUCACACACACACACACACACACACACACACACACACAAAAAAGAGUCAGAGCAUGUGAGAGGCACUUGCUAGGGCUUAGGCACCAAACUGUGUGGUGCUAUCAGGACUUUACUGGCAUAAACUUUGGUGCUCAGAUCAGGUGCUACCCAAUGGGUUGCCAACAUACAGAUUGUGUGCACAAUUGGCUUUGGGUGGCAACCUGCAUUUAGGUGGCUAGUUACACGAAUGCGACCCUCAACCAAAGGAGGCUGAGGAGGAAAGGCGGCCUGCACCUUAAAACCCUGUCCUACAAGGUGUGUGCACAACGAUGAUACCAAUGAGAGUCAAGAGAUUUCUGCCCCUGAAAAGUCAGCAUUAACAGUCACCAGGCAAGAGGCACGUGAUAACUCCCCAUUUUGUCCAGUAAAUAAAGGAGCAGGUUGGUCACACUGGCAUGCAUAGACUGCAUCAGUGCUAACUGCUAUGUCUUGCACAAUCACAACAGCAACUUUGAGAGCUCUUUCCUACUCCUCCCAUGCCCCAAUUCCACCUGUGGGACCCUCCACUAUAGCAUUAACACAGCACAAGUAUGUAUAGUACUCCCCCCCCACACACACACGCACACUCCUGUAUAUCUUAUUAAAUUUCAGCAACCUUGAUGCAACAUGCCACUUCUUACCACUAGUAAAAAAUGCUUUUUAAAAGACAGUUCAGACUCAACUCUUCAUUCCCCAUUCUGAACCAUGGCUAGCACAGUAGCUAUGAUUAUACAAAAUGAGGAAAUACCAAAAAAAGCACAGAAUGGGCAGGAAAUGCAUCAAGGAAGAUGUUCAAGUCUGAAUUUUGAAGGAGCAAGUGACUCAUUUGCCCCUUGUUGUCUUCAACAAAAGAAAAAGCUAUAUAAAACUAACUUUGCUCUGAUUUUUUUUCUUACAAAUGUCACUGUACACAAGAAAUUGUGUCCCUAGUUAUUGCUCCCAGGACACUCAUAAAAGAGGAAGAAGGCACAAUGAGCCAGGUCAGCAAAUAGCUCAUAGUUAAAAGGAAUGGGGAAGCAUGAAAAUAGGUGAUCAUGGAAGAAA